GGGGUGAAGAGUAUUUUCAUGGAGUGAGUCAGGUGUAAUAUGAGAGUAUGAGGACAGUGCAUCAUAGGAGGAGCUGAUAAUGACAAAUGAGCGUUGAUUUCGAGGAAGAAGCACCUUAAAAAAUCAUUAGUGCCUUAUAAGUUAUACCUAGUACUUGAUCACUGAAACAGAAUGAUAGCCCUAUCUCCAGCAUUCCGAUUUUCAUACAAAGAAAGACACAGAUGCGGAUGCGCAGUUGGCAUACCGAUUCUUGUCAAGAAUAACAACUUGACCUCCAGGUGAACAACCAUCCGCAUUCACAGUUAUGGUUGCAGGGUGUCGUGUGUCUGUGUUUGAAUGUAAGGCCACGUUUGGCCGGUGCUGGUGCAGGUGGUAGGGAAACAGUGCAGGGUUUCUUACUUUUACUAGCAGUCGCACAGAAUCCAGCGAUGUUAAUUAUGGCUUCGCUCUUGUUAUCCAUUCGAAGCUAAGCUUUGUCCUCUGUUGUUUGGGGUUAUGGUCCGGUACCAGAACAGUAAUGCCACUCGUUAUACAGUACUCAUACUGAUUGAGUUCGACAUCGACGAAACUAGUACUGACAAUUUUGGACUAUCAUCCACGUCGACCUAGUCACCUCAACUACAUCAGUUUGCUAUCGUUCUCAUCACUUAGCCUCAGUCCAACAUUAUAUGAUUGCGCUGUCUACUACUACUUAUCAUAUCCACCUCUGAUGUGUUACUUCGUCACUAUCAUAGUGCAGAACUACUUCACUACUGCGUUGGUGCUGAUUGUUUUAGACUCUGAAAAAUGCCGAAUGUUGAAGCAGCUGACAUUUGUCCCCCCAGCAUUCAAAUUGAAUUGCUGGGCGAUAAAAAACCACUUUUUCGAGGAUUGACAACCUCAAACAUAAAAUUAUCAGCAUGAUUAUCAUCAUCCAUGUCAUGUUUCACACGUUCUAUGAUAAUCAUAGGGCAUAUGUUUAGAAGUAUUAUGUACUUGCUCUUUCGCUGGUUUGGACUUAGAUUGCCAGGUCAAUGUUAUUCUUGGAUUCACGGAAUUGAACUUGGGAGUAAGUGAAAGUGGAGAGCAAAGAUUUAAACUGAGUUGUUAAGUGAUAAAAAACCAUUUUUUCGAGGAUUGGGAAAGUUUCAAGUUGAAACAUGGCCAAACUCUCAACAUCAUGAUCAACACGAUUACUUUUACUAUUCUGACGCUGAUAAUCAGUGAUUAGUCCCCACAUAUGUUCAUAAUAUAGGGGAGGCCUAUUCGUGUAUGUUGAAUACAUUGAUCAUGGUAACAAUCUUGUCAGAGCACCUCUAAACCUCACCCUGCUCUUGCAAGCUUGACGAUCAUUUUGAGAAUUCACAUGAAAAUUUCUUGGGUAUUGCUCGUUGUCAGCCUCUGGAAAUGUUGGACGAUGCGUAUCCAAGCGCGAAUAGCACAGUCGCGGAUGCAGCAGCUGGAAAUCCUUGUCUUCGAGCAUCAAUCUCACUGUUUGUACUCGGUGAGCACCCUCAGUUUCCGACCGAGGAUGUUCAAAGCAAAGGGGCGACUCCUUGCGUCCACAUCGCAGCAGAACUACACUACGGCUGGCCUCUACAACUAUGGUGCAUAGUUCUGCCUCUAUACAAGUAGAAGCCUACUAGCAUACAGAAGUAGUAGAAUUCCCCUGACUGCCUAUUAAGUCAUGCGCAAAUCGAUUGGAGAAUGCCGUCUUAGUCGUGUCUCGUGAGUGAUUGUAAAUUGUACUUCGAACAAGAAAGCAUGAGCAAAUGUGUUGUUCUGACGGAGAUUUGUAGCGAUUCUUUUCCUGGUUAUCAAUCGUCAUCUCCUUCCUUUUUUCUGAACUUAAAGGUACGUCUGAUUCAGCUAACAGCAUCUAGACAUUCUGAAUUCUCGUGCAGAAGCAACGGUCGUCUGCAGAAAGAUCAGAUUUACGAUCUCCGUUUCAAGGUAUGAUCCCGAACACACUGCUCUCCAUUUCAAGGUUGACAUAUUCACUUUUGAGCAGUCCUGCGCGAAGCUCUUAAGUAGUUGGAUCCAUGUGUUUGAUUAAAUGGAAAGUUCGAGUUUUUCCGUUAAUAUUGAAAAGAAUGACGACGAUAUGAAAAGACGACAUAUCAAGUAAAAGACGAAGACGGCAGACUCGUUGGGUAGUGGAGUCCCGACCAGUUCGAG